CUGUUGCUCCUCCCCUUAGCCUUCUGUGGGAAUCCCCAACAACGUGCUCUGCUUGGCCUCAAAAUAUUUUGGCUUUUUAAGUCACUUUCAGCUCGGAUCGGCUGCAACUAAUCUUUCUUGGACAGCGACAGCGGGACAUCCAAGCGUUCUUGCGUCUUGGCUCUUCCUCAUUUUUCUCUCAGCUCGUCAAGGAGGGAAAUCAGUGAUGGAAGGGCAAAGCUUUGACAGCCUGCAGUUGAGCCAGAACCUGCCGCUAAGUCAGGACUCUUUUCAGGAGCUGUGGCAGAGUGUCGUAACUGCUCCCAUCUUCAUUUCAUCUCAAGAUGAGGCUCAGCAAUGGAGAGGAGAUGAAAACAUCGAGCUCCUCAACGAUCAAGUGUUGACUGAGGGCUUCGAUGAGAAUCUGUUUGAGCUACCUGCAGAGAUGUUGCCUAAAGAUGCUGUUACUCCCCCAGCCUCCACCGUCCCGGUUACAACCGACUAUCCGGGGAAAUACGGCUUCCAGCUUCGCUUUCAGAAGUCUGGCACAGCCAAGUCUGUCACGUCCACUUUUUCAGAGCUUCUCAACAAGCUGUAUUGCCAGCUGGCAAAGACCAGUCCUAUUGAAGUGUUGGUGGACAGGGAGCCUCCUCAGGGUGCUAUUCUGAGAGCCACGGCGGUUUACAAGAAGACUGAACAUGUUGCUGAUGUGGUGCGCCGAUGCCCCCAUCACCAAAAUGAGGAUGGAGCUGAGCAUCGCAGCCACCUCAUCAGGGUGGAGGGCAGCCAGAGAGCCCAAUAUUUUGAGGAUGUGCACACAAAGAGGCAGAGUGUGACUGUCCCCUAUGAACCCCCGCAGUUGGGCUCUGAGAUCACGACCAUCCUCCUGAGCUUUAUGUGUAACAGCUCUUGCAUGGGUGGGAUGAAUCGGAGGCCCAUCCUCACCAUCCUGACCCUGGAGACUCCAGAGGGGCUGGUUUUGGGCCGGAGGUGCUUUGAGGUUCGUGUCUGCGCGUGUCCCGGCAGAGACCGCAAGACCGAAGAGGAGAACAGCACCAAGGUGCAGAACGGCACCAAACAAACCAAGAAGCGAAAGAGUGCUCCUGCUCCUGCGCCUGCCACCGCGUCUGUAAAGAAGUGCAAACCAGCUUCAAGUGCAGAGGAAGAGGAGAAGGAGGUGUAUGUUCUCCAUGUUCGUGGAAGUGAGCGUUACGAGAUGCUGAAGAAGAUAAACGAUGGUCUGGAGCUGCUUGAUAAGGAAAGAAAGUCCAAGGUUUCUGUCAAACAGGAGCUUCCUUUACCAUCCAGUGGCAAGAGACUCCUGCAGAGAGGAGAGAGGAGUGACAGCGACUGAGAACAUUUAUGCCUCGAUCAUGAAAACGUCUUUCUCCUUCCAUGCCAUCAGGAUGACUUCAGGUUUUUACGAUGGGAACUCCUAAUCACCUCCUGCCUCCAAAACGUACUGAACUGCCCGAUCAUAUAUUCAAAAUACAUCAGUGUCUUGCUUUUUUUUUUAAAUUUGUUUUUUUUACUUGUCUGACAAAGUUUUGUCGGCCGUUUGAGUCACGGUUGUGACACAUUGGAACUUUGUUUAAAUCCUGCUCAUGAAGCUGGAAUGAAUGUUUAUCUCCAUCAAAGUUGCUGUAUUACUCCACUACAGCCCGUACACACAUUCCACUGAUCCACUGAUAUCCUGUCAGGCUGCACUUUUCCAUGAGUUUAUUCAAAAAUUCAGCUAACUUUGAUUAUAUGAGCUAUAACUAUCAAAAAAUAAAAGCAGAACACAACGUACCACAUGGUGUUAACAGUUCGUGCGUCGUCAGGCUUGUUUGUAUUAGUUUCUUGCUUUGAAGAAUCAGUGUACACCUGUUUCGAUGUAUUGCUCAUGGGAAUUGUUUUGCCACAGUCCUCUUAUUUUUUUCCAUUACUGCUAGACUUGGUAGAUGAGGGGCUGGCUGGUUCACCCCAAAAAACUAAUCAGCUUUUAGUCAUUUCAGAAAAGUAUGUCUGAGAUGAAGAGAAAGAAUGGGUGUUGUUAAAAUGGAAUUAGUCAGACACGCAUGGACAGAAUAUCACCCACUGUGGAUGACAGACCAGUUUUUAUAGAACCAGCACUUCAGUUUGACGCGACCGAUCACUGCCCGUUAUUAGAACCACUUUGUUUUUUCACUGCCAGCGAUGUAUGCUUAGUCAUUUCUUUAUUUUUGUUUCUGUAUCUUUAGAUUAUUUGGGGAACGUGGGUUUGUAUAGAGGUUUGUGUUUCUAUAUUUUUCUUUGUCUUUAUUUUUUCAUGGCUUUUUUUUGUUAUUGUACUAAUUUGCAUUUUUGUUAUUCAAAUAAAGUGGAUCAUAUAUCAAAGUG